GGACUAGGCAAGCCCCGGCAGCCAGCCUCCGCCCGCCGCGCUGCGCGGCUCCUGGGCUCCGGUGGAGAGCAGCAAUUGGAGCGGGAGGCGGCGCGGCUGCGGUGCCGCGGGGAGGGCCGCCCCGGUUUCCUUCUGCAGCCGUGUCCCUGCCAGCCCCCCUCGCGGUCCUUGGGGCACUAUACGGCCCCAGAACGCAGCCGCCUGCCAUCGCGGCGGCCGGAUCCCGCGUCCCGCGUGUGCGCCCGGAGGACAUGCAGGAGAGAGAAUGAGCCAGAGGGACACGCUGGUGCAUCUGUUUGCCGGAGGAUGUGGUGGUACGGUGGGAGCUAUUCUGACAUGUCCACUGGAAGUUGUAAAAACACGGCUGCAGUCAUCUUCUGUGGCACUUUAUAGUAUUUCUGAAGUUCAGCUGAACACCAUGGCUGGAGCCAGUGUCAACCGGGUAGUGUCUCCUGGACCUCUCCAUUGCCUAAAGGUGAUCUUGGAAAAAGAAGGGCCUCGUUCCUUGUUUAGAGGAUUAGGCCCCAAUUUAGUGGGGGUGGCUCCUUCCAGAGCAAUAUACUUUGCUGCUUAUUCAAACUGCAAGGAAAAGUUGAAUGGUGUAUGUGACCCUGAUUCUACCCAGGUACACAUGAUUUCAGCAGCAAUGGCAGGUUUUACUGCAAUCACAGCGACCAACCCCAUUUGGCUUAUAAAGACUCGGUUGCAGCUUGAUGCAAGGAACCGUGGGGAAAAGCAAAUGGGCGCUUUUGAAUGUGUUCGUAAAGUGUAUCACACAGAUGGACUCAGAGGAUUUUAUAGGGGCAUGUCUGCUUCAUAUGCUGGCAUAUCAGAGACCGUUAUCCAUUUUGUUAUUUAUGAAAGUAUUAAGCAAAAACUACUGGAAUACAAGAUUGCUUCUAUGAUGGAAAGUGAUGAAGAGUCUGUAAAAGAAGCAUCAGACUUUGUGGGCAUGAUGCUAGCUGCUGCCACCUCAAAAACUUGUGCCACAACAAUAGCAUAUCCACACGAAGUUGUAAGAACAAGACUACGUGAAGAGGGAACAAAAUAUAGAUCUUUUUUUCAGACACUGUCUCUGGUUGUUCAAGAAGAAGGUUAUGGGUCUCUUUACCGUGGUCUAACAACUCAUCUGGUGAGACAGAUUCCAAACACAGCCAUUAUGAUGGCCACCUAUGAAUUGGUGGUCUACCUACUCAAUGGAUAGCAACAUCAGGCUGCCUGCUCUUAAGAAGGAAGACCAAAAGCUUACAGUGGACCAUGGAGUAUCAAAGCCAACAUAGUGGACAGAGGAGAAAUAGUUUGGGAACAUGUAACUAUGCCUAUGGAAGUUUGGUUGUAGGAAUUAAUCACAACCACAUUACUCGGUCUUUUCAGUAAUGUGAAAAAUAAACCUUGUCUGCCUCCAAGAAAAAGCCUUUAGAAAUAUUUCUUCCUCAAAAUUGCCAUUUUCUCUGUCAUGUCCAUGGACACAGUUGCAUUUUAUUGAUUUAUGGCAGUCAGAGUACAGUGUUUAUUCUGUGAGCACUUUUCCAGUCUUCUAAACAAAGCCAUCCCUAAUUAUAUACUAUACUGUAACUAUCCAAAGAUAGUACUGACAGUCAUAAUUUCUCACUUCUGGCUUCUGUGUAAUUCCUGUAAAAUUGUAAAAUAGCAACAAUAAUAGUGAGAUCCUUGAUACUGUUCUCCAUUUCCUUGAGAGGAUUUAGCACAGUAUUUUAAAGUUAAUUAUUUGGCAUUACUUGUCACUGUUUUUGACAACUAAUGAGGUCAUGUCUAAAUAAUCUUGUAUAUUUGUAACUUGAAAGUGUUUUGGUUUCCACUGCUAAUAUGUACUUGAUGUUUAGCAUAACAUGGACACUUAAAUUAUUUGUUAACAGUUUUAUCAACACAAAUGAUAAUGAUUUUGGACAAAGUAGCCCAAUGUUCAUUCUCAGCCAUUUCAGUAACUUGAGCAUGUCCUCAUCUCUAACUUUAUGAUACAUGAACAAAUGCAGUUGUCUGUUCAGUGAUUUAUGAGUUAUGAAUGAAUUAAUCACCUAUCAUAUCUAGGUAUCAUUUUCUUAAAGUGGAAAAAAUUUACCACUUCUGAAUCUUUCUCUGUUUGCUUUCACAUUAAGAAUUUGGACAUUUGAAUUAUUUUCAGAUGAUCUGAAUAGAUUGCAUUUAUUUUAUAGAGAAAAUGGUAAUUAUCAGCUUUUCCCUAACAAGAUCUUUUUUUUUUAAGCUAUUUAAAAUAUUUGGGGCAGUCUAAACAUUAUAGAAGAGGGGCCCUCUGCUAUCUGACUGAGCAGGUAGUUAUCCUAAUGACUUACAGUUUUGUAAUAAACUGCUUUUGACAAGAAAUGUAUUCUAUCCUAAUUUCUUGAAUGAUGCAUCAUAAAAAGAUUAAAGUUAGUUCAGAUUAAGUGUGCUAACCGGACAUAGCUUUUACAUUUUGCUAUUGAGUUCAACUGUACCUUUUAAUACUUUUAAAUGUAUGUAUGACCCCUAUGAAAAUAUUUGCUGUAAUUCGGAGAGACUUUUGCUUAUGGAUGUUGCUAUAAUGGUGUAUAAAGCUUCUACAGUGUGGUAGUCAUUUCAGUAAAAAUGAACUGUACCUUAUGUGCAAUGGCUUAUCUUAAUGACUGUGAAUGCACUUUGUGGCCAUUUUGGGUGUCGGUGAGAGUAGAAGAAAAUUCCAUGUUAAGAUAUUUUUAAACAUUGGUCGUGUAUUAGGUAGAAACUGUGUUUGUAACAUUUUUCUGGAUUUUAGGUAUUUUGUUUUUGAGAUCUACAGUAUAAGUGUUCUAAGUAUUUUGUGUAUACUGUGGUGCCCCUAACAGAAAACUGUAGCAUGUCAUUGCAAGCCUUCUCUGCUGUCACCAAUGAAAAAGUGCCCUCUUAAAUUCCUCCACUUUAACUCUCUUGUAAUCAACAGUAACUGGAUGUUUUUGAGGUGCUUCCAUUGGAAUUGAAAAUAUUCCAAUCUCUUUGGAGACCAAAGGCAUAUUCAACUUGCUUACCUUUGGGAUUAUUCAUAUUUUUAUGGUGAAUUUCAGCUUUGACAUUUAUUGUGAGGAACAUGCCAAAAAAACUAUAACGAGUCUGUGACUUAAAUCUAUAGAGAAAGUCUCAUAGUGUUUGCCUUUCAGGUGCCACUUACACUGCCCCAACCACAGUGCCGUUUGCCUUGGGCAGAUCCUUGUGUUGAAUGUAGGACAGAGACUCUGCCUCACCUUAAUGAUCUCAGUACCCCACAAAUGAUUAGGAAUGAUACUAAAACCCGCAGCUAAGGAACAUCUUACUAUUUAGUUGUAGCAGGUUCGUAACAAGUGUCCUUCAAGGGUGAAUAAGUAUUCUACUCCUGUUUAUAUUUAGCAAGUAAAAUGUAUUUAGCAAGUAAUGAACUUUAGUACAUUAUAUUCAGCUUCUAAAAGUGAAUAUUAUGUAUGUAUUGGAAGGAAGAUCUUAGUCUUAGACUUUGUUUCUUGUGCAACAACUGGAAGGGAGCAAUGAAACUUAUUGUUGUUUUUUUCCCCAAAGCACAAUCAGCCGUAGUUUACUUUUAUGUAUGACAGAGAUAAUUUAAAAAAGAAAACUAUAUAUAAAAGUUGUAUAUAAAGUUUGCCUCUGAAACAUUUUUUGGGGAAAUUUUUUAAAAUUGAUCUAUAAUGUUUAGAAAGAAAAACACCUAACCAUUGGAUCCUUUUUUUUUAAUGCUGUGUUUUGUUUUCAUCUAUUUCUGUCAUAACUUUAUUUCUAGAAUAGAGUGAGUCAGCAGUUUUCAGACUGGUGUGUACUUAUGUUAUAGACUCUUCUCAGAAAAUGGAACUGAGCUUAUUCAUGGUGAAGCACUAGGUACUGACAGAGCAUACUCUCAAGAGCAGCAGAUAACUGUGGCACAUAGAAGCAGUUUCCCAAAUUUUGAAGUCCAAAUCAGAGAAUUCCCAACCCAGUGACGUGGGGCACCAUAUCGUGCUUUUAAAUCCAGGAAAAAACUGUUACCAAAGCUUUGUCUUAAUUUUCAUAAUGUAUGUAUCUUUGUGGAACAAACUGUCCUAGAUGAGGCCCACAAAUAAUUGAUUUGUAACUUCGGUACCAAGAUAGAAUAUCAUUAGGUUAUUUAGUCCAGCCUUUUGUUUCCCAAAGCCUAAUACCCAUAGUGAAAUAGCAUCAUUAUAUUAGGACCAGCAGAGUUUGGGUUGUUCGAAAUAAAGAGUGAUCACUCUUUUAGUGGAGCAUAAAUAUGUCAGCAUUUUAAAAUUUGUUUUAAAUCACUAAAAUAUUGGCUUGAAUGUGAAGGAUUUAAGUGCUAGAAAUCAAUCUGCUCUUUACUCUUCCAGCUUUGUUCAUGCCUGUCUGUCGUUUACAUGCUCUUCUGCAGACUGUUAGUACUAUAGAGACCCCUUUUUGGCUGAUAGAGUCAUUCAGCCUUUUUCUCUUAUAAUGUCAGUCAUGACUUUAACAUUCCUAAGAAAUAUAGGUGUUUCUGAAUGGUUUAAAUUGGAAGGAAUUUUUAACUAUAUGGAAGUAUGUGAUACCAUGUACUAACCUGCCCACUCAGAUCUCUUCUCCAUCAUGCCCUUUGUUUCUUGUUAAUCUGUACAUUGCUUUUUAUGCUACUCCUUUUGGAAAGUGAAAAUUGUAGUUUCACUCAGUUUUUGUGUUAAUAAACAUUUUGAAUGUGUACCCCUGAAUAUGUGAACCAAUUAAAUUAUGACUUACAGUCAUCACUAAAUCAUCAACCUCAAAAGAGUUGGUGUCUUAUCACCAUUUAUGUGAGGUUUGCUAUUCUCGCAUUUGUGUACAUGGCUGUAAAUUAUGUGCAUUUACUUUGUAUUUAUGUUAGCAAGCUGAAUUUUAUUUGAAUUGUUAAAUUCAAAAAAAUUAAAAUUGCUUACGA